AUGGGUUGGAACGCAUCUACUAUGUCUACAAACAUCACUAUGCCCGCAAAGGAGGUCUACACAGACUUGCUGAGCUUCACCUUUGAUGGUCCCAAACCAUACAACCAAAACCAACCUCUGUUUAUUGAUGCCGAGGAUCCCUCUCGAUCAUUUACAGCCGCCCAGUUCCGACAACUGGUCCGGACUCUGAUCGCCGGGUUCCAGGCUCAUAAUGUCCGGCCAGGAGAUUGUGUAUUGAUGCACUUGGGAAAUAGUAUUCUAUAUCCCGCACUCUUUUUCGGCAUCAUCGGCGCCGGGGGUGUAUACAUGGGAUCAAACCCUCGAAGUGCACCACAAGAACUCGACCAUAUCAUCAGCCUCGCCGAACCAAAAGUCAUCCUCACAACCCGCGAUGCCCUCCCCACCGUCCUCGACGUCUCCGCAAAUCGAGGCAUCCACCCAUCACAAGUCUGCGUCCUAGACGAGCGCGCCAUCGACCACUGCGCACAACUAUUCCUAUGGUACGAACUAGGCUAUUCCGCCGCCGGCCAAUUCUUCGCCAUGAGCGGGAACGAUACCCGGCACUCGAACUUCGCCAAUCUCCUCUGCUACGGCGAGAGCGAGUGGUUGAAAUUCAACGACCCGGUCGUCGCACAAGCCACGCCAGCAGCCAUGUUCUCGACAAGUGGUACAGGCGGACUCCCCAAAGCAGCCAUCCUGUCCCACUAUGCGAUCGUUUCACAACAUCGCUCGAUUUACUACGACGUGCCGUACCCAGUGAGCCGUCUCAUGUCCCUGCCCAUGUUCCAUCUCUUCGGCGCCCUCUGGGCCCACCUCUUCCCUGUACGCUACGGCCAUCCCCUCUUCGUCCUGCCGCGCUUCGAAAUCAAUGACUUCCUAGCGGCGGUGCAUAGAUACCAGAUCUCAGAGACGUAUCUGGUCCCCGCUAUCAUCCACUCCAUUAACCAGUCGCCCGUGCCGAUCCGCGACUACCUUUCAUCGCUGCGCUAUGUGGGUGUCGCGGGCGCGCCGAUUGACGGUCCCUCCAUGCAGCAGUUCCGGGGCCAUAUGCAUCCAAUGGGCUACGCCUGCCAGAUCUGGGGCAUGACGGAGGUCGGUGUGAUUUUCCAGACGCGGUAUGGCCAGCAGGGUGAUCCUGGAAGCAUCGGAACUCGUCUUGCCGGCUACGAGGUCCGAUUGGUAGAUCAAGAUGGCAAUACCCUGGGCGAUUGCUGCCCAGGUGAAAUGUAUGUCCGCGGUACCGGCCUGCUCAAUGCAUACAAAGGCCGCACGGAUGCAUUGGAGCCUUCGGGCUGGUUCCGGACCGGUGAUGUCGCCUAUGUCAAGCAGGGCCAGUAUUUCAUCGUUGGACGGACAAAGGAGCUCAUCAAAGUGCGAGGAUGGCAAGUGGCCCCCGCGGAAAUUGAAAACAUCCUGCUUCAACACCCCGGCAUUGCCGACGCCGCUGUGAUCGGUGUCAAUAAAGAAGGCAUGGGCGAGGUGCCGCGCGCCUUUGUCGUGCGCUCACGCGACCCAGCUAUGGCCCAGCUCACCGGGGAGCAAGUGUACAAUUUUGCACGCCAGCAGCUGGCGCGGUACAAGUCACUUGACGGGGGCGUCGUGUUCGUGGAGGAGAUCCCACGCACAGCGAGCGGUAAAAUCCAGCGCUUCCGACUGUCCCAGAUGAACUCUUACCGGGAAAUGGUAGCGUCGCUAUUAUCCCGGUUCGAAAGCGAGGGCGCUGCAGUAGCGGCCGCCCGGCGUGGGCUUCCCGGGGGUGAGAUCUCGGUAGGCGUCGUUCCCGAGGGCCGGGUCGUGGCCUGA